AUGUUUUUUAAGUAAAGCUCUUUCAUAUUUUAGCUUCGCUCGUUUCUUUCCUCAGCAACAAUAACUGGAUACAUUAUUAGCAGAUCCUGAUUGCGAAUUAGAAAUUAUUUUAGAUGCAGAUAAUAUUUUAUAGGAAAUCAAAGGAAUGGGAGCCAACAAAUUUGCUGAUCAGUACCUUAUUAAUUAAUGAAUUUCAUAGCAUAAUCAAGCAUCCUGUGAUGUAUAUGAGAAUGAUUCACUAUAUAAUUUCAGUUGAGGAUGAAUUGACCGACAAAAAGGCCUAGAUCUAGUACAACAAUGCAUUAUUAUCGAAGAUACCCAUUCCUAUGCAGUGAAAUUUUGGGCAGUUAAAAUUAGAAGUUAUUGGAUUUCAUAUUCGACAGUCCAGAGGGAGGUCUAGAUGCAGACGAUGAAAUGACUCGAUUCACUUUAUUCCAUCGAUUGAUUGCCUUUCUCGAAGUUGAUGUUUUCAAUAUGACAUCUGCAGGCUAUUUUUCAAAAUUUUUCCUAGCGCUUAUUAAAAAACGAGGAUUUGAUGUAUCAUUAAUUCAAGAUUUAGGUUUGGUAUGGAAUUGCUAAUGAUAAAGAAACUUUAUCCAAUUUAAUAAAACACAUUGAUUGCAAACAUAUAGCUGAGAUCAUCGAAAAAUUAAUAAUUCUAGACACAACCUAGGAAUAAUAAGAAGAAACAUUCAUAAAGGAAAGAAAGUCACUUUUAUAAAGAAUUAUUGAAUUAAUGCAGAAUAAAUAUUAUUGUUCAGAAACUGUUGAAAAUAUUUGCGAUAUUCUUACUGAAAUCACAUCUAAAAAUUUGAAUUGUUUAUACUAUAAUAACGCGGAUAUUGUUCCAUUUGUUGAUUAAAUCAAAAGACCAGAGCUGUUAUUUGAAAUUGCAAUCAAAACUUAAAAGCCAUAACCAUUAUAAGUAAUCAUCAAUUUAGUGGAAAUGAUCCCUAAGGAAUAAAAAAAAGAAGACGAGGAUGAAGUCGUUCAUCAUAAUGAGAAGGAUUAUUCCAUUUUUGAAAAUAUUGCUUCUGAAUUACCUAAAAAUUUAUUAAGUAAAAGAAAUAAUGCUGCUAACUUCUAAAAUUCUAAUUAAGAAAAUGUGUAACCAUUUGGAUUACAUAAAAUUAUGUUGCUAAAGUUGAUUUAAACCUUAAUUCAGUAUAAUCAUAAAUAUUUAUUAAUAGAACCUCUGACAUCUAAAUUAUUGAAACUCUUUUAAAUGCUAAUUUGAUAAAGGUGCUAGAAAUUAUUUGUAUUUAAUACUCAUCCAAUAAUUAAAUCCACAUCAUGACAGAAAAGAUCAUAAAAUCGAUUCUUGAUCUAAAUAAUGAGAAAAUAACAGAGCAUGUUGAAUUUACAAAUUAUAUAUUUAGGUCUUCUAAUUUGGGUAGCUUAUUGAAUUUAUUGUCACAUAUCAUACGGAAGAAAAUGAUAAAAAAGGAUAUAUUGCUCUUCUGACUUCUUUAGCCAAUUAUCUGAUUGAGAAAUCAUACAAUAAGUCCAUUCUUCAAUAUUAUAAAGACAGUAUAACAUAAUAAUCAAUUUUAGAUUAAUAAUGGUUUAAUUUUGUUAAAAACAGGCUGUGCAAUAUCAAUCAAAAAGAGAAGCCUUAUCUAUGUAAUGUAAAUCCUAAAGCGAAAUCAGAAGUAGCAGAUGAUCAAGAAUCAGACAUUAUGCAGAUUUUACAAGUAUUUAGUUAAUUGAUUGUCUAGAAAUUCAAUGAAUCCUAUUAUGGUUAGUAGGCUCAAGAAGAAUAAUAAGAUUAAGAUAAGGAAACAUCAAAACAAGAUUAGGAAUUAGAUACCUAUAACUCAUAAGAUAAUGGAUAACUAGAAGAAGAUGAGGAUAUUUUGAUGGAUAUGAAUCAUGGUCAGGUCUGGAGUGAUGAUGCAAAUUAAGAAAACAGAUAGAAUUAAGAUGAUGAAAUUCAAGGAAAUAAAAUUUAAGAUUCUUUGGAGGUGACAUCUGAAAAUGUGAAAGAGAUCAAUUAAAUAGGUGACAAUAUUUCUUCUUUAUUCAAUCAUAAUCUAUUUUGGAGAAUAGAAUAUGAUGUCUAAGAAGCAGACGAUAUCCUAAACAGUUAUGCGUGAU